AUACAUAAAUCUAGAAAUAUUACCGGCAGAAACGUAAACAAUGGCUGAGACUUUCUGUUUGUCCGAUUUUGAUGCAUAUGGAUUCGAUAUGGACCACACUCUAGCUAAAUACAAGCUUGGCAACUUGAUGCAGUUGAGUUAUGAAGCAACUUGUGAUUGUUUAAUCCACAAAUAUGGCUACAGUCCCAAACUUAAAGAUGACAUUCAUCUACACAAAGACUUCAUAUGCAAGGGCUUGUUUCUGGAUGCGGAACGUGGAAACAUACUAAAACUAUCACACGAUGGAAAAAUUCUCAGGGCGAGUCACGGGACACGGAUGAUGUCUGAAAAGGAAAUGGCGUCUGUGUAUGGGGAAGAUCUCCACUGGGAGCACUUCCACGAAGUCCAGCGGGAUGUGAAAUGUACAGGAGCUGGAUUUAAAUUUCGGUUCUUUGAAAACUAUUUUGAUGUACCAGGUGCAGUGAUAUGCGCACAUAUAGUGGACACAUUGGAUGAAGAGGCUGGUAAACCUCUGGACAUGUAUGACUUCUGGGAGGAUGUCGUAGGCGCGUUCACCACAAAUUUUAUUCCAACAGCCUUCACAGAUAACUCUGGUUGGUUUUAUCCAGAAUUAAAGACGAAUACCAAGAACUAUUUUCAGGAGUGUAGCCAAGGUGUUAAACAAUGGCUGACAGAUCUACGACAGAAAGAUAAAGUAGUUUUUCUUAUGACCUCUUCAGGGUACAGUUUUGCAAGUUUGGUAAUGGAAGUAAUACUUGGUACAGAAUGGCAGUCGUAUUUUGAUCUCUCUCUUUUCAAUGCCAGAAAACCUGCAUUUUUUAUAAACAGAACACCAUUUUUGAAUAUAGAUGAUGGAAUUGAAGGAAAGCCUGUAAAGACACUGAAAAAAAAUGAGUGUUUUUCUCAGGGCAACUUGGAUGAUCUCACAGCAUUUUUAUCUUCACAGACAAACAAGGAACAGCCCAAGGUUGUAUACUUUGGUGACAGUCUGUGUUCUGACAGCUUUCCAGCCAGAACGUAUGCUGGUUGGAGUGUGGUUCUUGUCUUGGAGGAGAUGGAGGCUGAGGGAUACCAUUUAACAAAACACGAUCUGGAAUGUGACAAUGAACAACCUACCAGUAAAGCUAGAAAGGUUAAUAUUGACAUUGAUCCAGAAGAAGAAUCAUUCCUACUGUCAAAAAUGUGGGGCUCAUUUUUCUAUCAUGAGAAGGAAGAUAAGAAACAUGACAGAAGUAUGAACACGUUCUGGGGACGCUUAGUGAGUCAGUACAACGCAAUAGCCAUACCAAUCAUAGAGUAUAUCGCAGGUAUGCCCAUUAACCAUGUGUACACAAGGUUUGGACGGGAGGUCGGGAGUACUACUGGCUUCCAUCCUGCCAAACCAAAGCCACUGAUAGCCAACAUAGGACCAGAGACCUCAAACUAGUUCUGAAUAUUUUUACACUACACUUCACCGUGAGCAUCUUCAGAACAUUUUGCUUCAGUGUAUAUUUCCAAUACUACAGACAUUUUUUAAUAACAUCAUGAUAUCAUAAAGUGGAUAAAGCCAUUUCUUGUUAUAACAUGAAGAUGAAACAUGUUACUUAACAUUUCUUAUCUUUAUUUACCUGGUAGUAAUAUUGUAUUAUAUACAGAGGUUCUAACAAAUGACAUUCGUAUGAAAUUUUAUUUUCAUCAUGAUUAAUUAAAGGGACGAAGGACAAAAAUAUAUAUCUUACUCCCUACUUGUGUCCAUUAAUUUUUUAGGCUGGUUGGGAAAACAAAAUGGCUGACAGGUAGCCAUCUUGGAUUUGACAAUUGAAGUUUGUCAUUGGUAUUUCCUCAGAAGGAAUGGAAGAAUGUUUGAACUUGGUGUGCAGGCUCCCCUCAGUAUCUUGUUGUGCCAUUUCAUAUUUAGGUUUGAUUGGGAACUAAUGACAGUCUGCCAUCUUGGAUUUUAAUUAUUUAAGUCUCUUAUUUCUACAUGUAUUUGUUCAGAAGUACUUGAAUGAUAUUUUUGAAACUUGUUGUACAUAUUGUAGGUUCAUCAUGGUCCCAUUUUGUGCCCAAUGAAUUAUGAGACAAAUCAGAAUUUUAAAUGUAGGUUCUCUUUGGUACCUUGCAGAGUAGAGCUCUCUGCAUUUUGCCAUUCAUUAAAAAGUCAAACUGGCCGACAGGCAACCAACUUGGAUUUGACAAUUAUCAUUAUUGCUAUCACAUAUAAACUUUAUUUAUUUUACAACAAUUGCAAAAACUAGCUAUCAGCUUUUUGGCUCGGAUGAAAGCUCAUGGGGUCUUACUGUGGGAGGAGAUCGGAGUACCCGGGGAAAACCCAUGUGGUCAGGCAGGUGACCCCAUACCUUUUCAUGUCUGUUCUGGGAAUCAAACCCAGGACGGCUAGGUGAAAGGGAGUGUGUUACCACUGUGCCACCAACCAAUCAUUAUCCCUAUUCUUUAACAGGAAAGUCAAAUAUACGUAAAAGUGAUUAAAUGAAAGAAUGGAGGAAAUAGUAGAAAAGAAGAGAAAAGAUCAAAAUUUUGAAGAAUAAAUAAUGACCAAACAAUGGUGGGUGUCAAGAUCCCUCAGGGAUCUCUUGUUUUAAAUUACAUUUUUAAAUGACAUACCUACACGUAUAUCUACAACACAAGUACAGUGUAAAAGACUGUUUACUAUAAGAACUAUAUAAGAUCAUCACAGAAUUUGCCAGAUAUCCCUGCCAGUUUUCCCAUUAAUAUUUUUGUGUAUAUCCCACUAUUGUCAUAUGCUAAGAAGCAUUUUUCAUUGACUGUGCUGGUUGGAAGUUGAUUGUGAUGUCAUAAUGUUGACAACCAUGCAACCUCACGAUUUGAAGAUGGUGCUACAAUAUGGCUGCCUCUGUUUGAUUUUACCCUCCAUAUUUUGAUUUUAAAACUUGUCAAAACUUUGUGAGUUGUGCAAUAAAAGAUAUCUUAGAUUUGUUUU